AUAUCUAAAUAACCUUGGUACUCUUGACCUUUUAUUGUUGUUUCAUUUCAAGUUUCAACCUUGUUCAAAUAUUCCUUAUCCCUCAAAUACCCAGAAAACACACAGCUCCAAGAUCUGCUUCAAAACCAAUCAAACCAUGGCGACCCCACAAGUUCUUCAGCAACAAGAUGACCUUUUGCACUUUGAUCCUCGUAAAGCAGAGAGUGCUGCCAAGUCUCAAGGGAUGUCACUUGAGAAGAAGAUCGAGUUUCUUGAGAGCUUGACUGGACCGGUUAGCAACCGACGGUCUCGCAGAUGGUUAAAUGAUCGUCUUCUUAUGGAACUUGUUCCUCGCUUAAAUGCAGAAGAAAUUAGAGGCUUGUUUGCACCACCACCUUUUGGUGAUGACGUACCGCUGUCACCAUUUUGCAUGACUAAUGUUGGAGAGUGGGACAAAUUUAGGAAUAUAGACAUGGAUAAAGAGGCGAAUAUUAUUGAUGCCUCAGAAAGAUUGUCCACAAAAAGGAAAGGUCGUGUUGAUGCUGAUAAGACGGCUGUAUUAAACGCAUGGCAUAGAGUUAAUUGUAAAACAAGAGAGGCUCUUCGGCGUAGCUUUCUUUCAGAACUUGUUCAGGGAUACGAGGAAUGCAUUCGAGCAUUCAUCAUGGACAGUGGAGAUAGGGAUGCUCUAGAGCUACGAGUUCAAGAUCCUUUUCAUAGAUUAUUGUUACAUGGUGUCUGUGAGUUCUACAACUUAGUCUCAGUGACGGUGACUGAGCCCAAGGAUGCGGAAUCACCAAAGAUGACGAGGAUAACGAAGAAGAAAAAGGGUGUUGCUGAGCUCCCAAACAUCACUCUGAUACAUUUUCUGAGGAUGUCCAAGGAAGGAAUUUGGUGAUUCCAUCCGGUGGGGGCACAGAUUCAUGUCAAUAUAAUAAGAGCAUACUUUAUUAUAAAAGUAUGCAUAUGUAUCAUAUUCAUCCCCAAUUAUCUGUAAAAGUAGUUGAAUGACAUGUAGCUUUGGAACAGCUGGCUUGUGAAUGCUUCAUUCCCAUUAAUCAGCAAAAGAAGUUGAUUGUGGCUAGGGCCUAGGCUCAAUAAAGGAAAUUGUAAAAUUUUUUUUUAACGUAAUUUGUUUUUAGAAGAUAUUGUUUAUGAUGGGUAGUGUAGUUUGAACUUUCAAUUUAUUGGUUACUUGUAAUUAUUUUCUGUACAAUGACCAAUAUGUCAAAUGUUGGUUGCUUCAUAAAAUAACAUGGUCAACAAGUGCUGUAUUAAUUUUA